ACCACAUCCAUUGAUAUUUCAACAGGGCUGUUGUACAGUACAACCACGAAUAGCCUUAACUGUGUAUUAUCAGUGUAGUUUAAGUGUAUUGUGAAGCUUUGGACACACUGAACUGGAAAGCAUUGUUUUUGAUUGAGUACAGUACAGAUUUGACGGUAAAGGAAGAGGGGAGGGGGCGAGAAGAAAGGGGGAGGAAAGCAGGAGGACAUGGGGAAAUACAUCACUGCCUCCCCAACCACAACCAUCGCCAAAGGAAACGCUGUAAUCUCAAGGAACAUCUCGCCGAAUUCCUCAGGAAUUUUCCACGACGUGAACCUGUAAGGCUAUAGCAUAGGCCUACAUUCAAACGUCGUAACAUUUGGAUUAUACAUCCGACAUAUUUCCCGACCAAACGCUGCAGCAAUAACCAGCCUGUUCUACAUUUCGACUCUUAUUUAUUUAUCUAUCAUAUUCUCAGUUGCUUUUCCAAACGUUACAUAUUGGAUAUUUUGCCUGUUUUAAAAAGUAAAUAAUAAUUUGGUGAUUGACAAGAAUGCAGUGGGAUGAGUUAUAGCUGUAGGGCGGAGAGAGACGUAUGGACAAGCAACGGACAUUGUGAUCCCUGAUAAUACUGAAGAGAAGAGAUGCUCCACCACGGGGAUUAUUUUAAAACUCCGUGUUAACCUCUUAUUCCUCCCUGAGGAGCACAGCAGAAAAAACAGUGAGUGUGCUUCAAAAAUUCCCAAUAGCAAAAUACUGAGAAAUUAAUGUCGCUAUUUGCGAUUUAAUGCACUGAGGAGAGAGGUAGGCCUACGUUUAGUGAUGACUUUGUUGUUUACAUCGUCAAACAUGGCAAGGAAGCCUGUUACCACGCAGCCUGCAUUGUGAUUUUUCCUCUCAAUAUAGGCUGGUUAUAGUGGACAUAUGGACAUGGAUGAGGAAUGUUGAAAUUCAUUUGAAGUGGUGACAGCCAUCUCAUGUGCCUCGUAAUACUGUCAAUAUCGAACCAUUUCAAGUGACAGGCCUUUCUCUGAAAUGUUGUAUGUUCAUGACAAUAUGGGGAGCGAAAGUGAAAUAUUGAACCGGGAGCUGUCAAAGAUGUCUGAUGAGGACUUGCUGGCUUGUUCUAAGGAAGAACUGGUCAGUCGGUUACGCAAAGAAGAAUCGGAAAAGAUGUCGGCUCUCAUACAGCGCGGGCGGUUAAUCAAGGAGGUCAACAAACAACUGCAGGGACAUCUGCUUGAAAUCAGGGAACUCAAAGUCAUCAACCAGCGGCUUCAAGAGGAGAACCAAGAACUCAGAGAUCUAUGUUGCUUCCUGGACGACGACCGUCUGAAAGUGAAGAAGCUCGCGCGAGAGUGGCAACUGUUCGGCCAUCACGCGGCCAAAGUGAUGCGCGAGGACCUCGGCGGAUACCUUAAGAAACUCGCCGAUUUGGAGCGGAUGCAAGACGGCCUGAUGAAGGAGAAUCUGGAUCUGAAGGAACUUUGUUUGGUGCUGGAAGAAGAGUGCGUGAGCAGAAGUGAUUCCAGCCCGGGUGGCUCCACGGAUCUCAACAUACCCUGUAUGGUGGCCCGGGACCUGGGUGAUGGGAGCUCGAGCACGGGUAGUGUGGGCAGUCCAGACCAGCUGCACUUGGUGUGUUCACCAGACGACUGAGGGAAAGGAGCAGAGCCAUAUCACUUUAACCUUCUCUCUUUAUGCUGAGACGGACUUUAAGUCUGCAAACUCAGAGGGACAAAUUAGUUUACAUUUCCUUGACAAUGACAUCUCGGCUAUUUCAGUGGAAAUAGAAUAUGAAGACAUAUGAAUUAGGCUAGUUUACUCAUGGCCUUCUGAUGCCAUAAGUACAAUUUUAUCUAUAUUCAUCAAUCAACAUUUUAUAGUUGGCGAAUCUCUGAAACCUGUGAAAAUAUUUUUCUGAUUGGGUGGCGUACAGAAUAUUAUUUGUUUUAAAGAGAUAGUUUACCCCAUAAUAAAAAAAUCUGUCAUGCCAUCCCAGAUGUGUAUGACUUUAUUUCUUCUGCUGAACACAACAAAGAUUUUAAGAAGACUAUUUUGGCUAUGUUGGUCCAUAGAAUGCAAGUGAAUGGUGACAAGACCUUUCAAUCUCCAAAAAAGCACAUAAAGGAAGUAAUCCACAAGACUCCAGUGGUUAAAUCCAUGUCUUAUGAAGCGAUAUGAUAGGUGUGGGUGAGAAACAGCUCAAACAUCCAUUUUUAAGUCUUUAAGCUAUACAUCUUCACUUUCACAUUCUGAAAGUGAAAGUGGAGAUUUAUAGUAAAAAAGGAUUUAGAUAUUUAACUGUUCCUCUCGCAAAGUGAUUGUAUCGCUACAGAAGACAUGGAUUUAACCACUUGAGUCUUGUGGAUUACUUUUAUGCUGCCUUUAUGUUCUUUUUGGAGCUUCAAAUUUCUGGCCACCAUUUAUUUGCAAUGAAAGGAUCUACAGAGCUAAGAUAAAAAUCUUUAUUUGUGUUCAGCAGAAGAAAAAACACACAUCUGGGAUGGCAUAUAAGUAAAUGAUGAGAGAAUUUCCAUUUUUGGGAAAACUAUCUCUAUAAGCUUUAAAGUGAAAGAGUCCUUUCAAAAUCAGUUCCACUUAUUGUAUUCCUAGCAUUAUUUGAAUGUAUGUUUUGUCCUAGAAUGUUGCUGGAAUGUUUCCACUCAUCUCUUAUAGGAGUUGUAGAUAGGGUUAAGUGUAGGUUUAGUUUUGGGGUAGACAUUUUAAUCAACUUUGGGAGAAACUAACUAUACUACUAAUGUUUACCAGGUUUUACUGUGCACUGAUCUGAUGUUUCUCUUAUGAUACACUACAACAGGGCUGAAAUGUAUCUUGAAUCUUUGAAGAUUCAAAUUUUAAAGCUGAUUAGAGCCAUAUACUAUGUAGUGAUCUUUUUGAGAUCAUAUACAAAAAAAGCACUAAAUCAUUUUCAACAAUGUUUGUAGAGGAAAGGGUAUUAUCUAAGGAUUGUGCAAAGUGAAGGCUUCAGUGUAAGCAGAUCAGACAGAUUUUUUUGUGACGUAAUAUGGCUGUAUUUUGGAGGUCCAACAAUGAUUCACUGAAAAUGCAUGUUAUUAUGAUGCUUUUUUUAUUAUUAUUUUUGUUUUGUUUUUUAACACAGUAUGACAGUUUUGUUUAUUUUGAACUGGACAGUAUAAUUCACUAGAUGUAGUGAUGUGUGCUCAACUAAAUGAUGUUGUUGUGCUCUGCACUGAAUCCAAAUUUAACUUUCAAACUUUUGCAUUAACCCCACUUUUUGACAAAACCACACAGUUGUAUUAUACAAAGCUUUUUGUGUUCAGUUGUUGCUUUGACCAGACUUUGAACCAUGCUGAAUUGGCACACUGAUAUUUGGAGUGGAAAACAUUGACAUACAUGUACUUUUAAAAUAUUGUGAUAGAUAUUGUUAUUAUAGGUAUUUUGGUUGGAUUCAUUGUAUUUGCUGCAUAGACCCUCCUGCAUAGGAUUGUUCUGUUGUAAAUUUUUUACAUUCUAAUAUCAUGACCAGUAUUAUUUCUAUGACUGCAUUUUUAUAGCUGCAAGACCCAGUUCUCUGAUUAAUUAGCAUUUGCUUUUUCAAGCUAUGCUCAAUACUGAAUGGGGUAGCUUUAAAUACACUUGACUGAGACACCAAGUUCGGUUCUGGUCCUUU